GGUCUGACGAGCGAACGAGCGCGUUUUGAUAUCGCACAUCAAAAGCUUUUGGCCUGAAAAUCGCGACGCAUUCAACCGGAAGCGCGGUGAAAAAUGGAACGCGCCUCCAGUGCGGGCUGCUGCUGAGAGUGCGGAAAAGCAGCCAUGGCGUCGAUUGCGUUGCGACUCGCCUGCCUCCACUUGGCAUUUCUGCUGGUUGGGGCCCAAGAACCUGAGAUUUCGCUGAUGGGCAACGAGAUGGACAAAAACCGCGAAUACCAAUGCGUGGCCAGUUGCUUCAAACUGAACGACCAGGGCAACAAAAACACUGGCAAGUCCAUGGUGCCCGAAUGCGUUGUCGACUAUCGGUCCAUUUCUUUGGAUUGUCACGAGCCGACGAAAAAUUUGGGACUUAUUGUAAUGGAUUUCGGCCGAUACUGGAUCAGCAGUGACAAAAAGAACUGGCACGAGGCGUCAAGAAUUUGCAGAACCUAUUCGAUGCAGUUGGCAGGCCUAGAAACCAAAGACGAAAUCCAAUCAGUUGCUGAAAAGGCUUACGUUAACGACACAAGUCCUCCGGCCGAGGGUUACUGGAUGUCUCUAUGCGAUCUUGUUGAGGACGGCAAGUGGUACUGGGCGCACUCGGGCGAAGACUUGACCUACUCGCAGUGGGACGCCGGUGAACCUAAUGACGUCGGCAAAGUGCCGCAGCGUUGCGUUGAGCUCAAAAUGGCCUCGGAUAAGUCUUUCAAGUGGGCCGACCGCGACUGCAUGGACGAGCGCAAGUUCAUAUGCGAAAUGCCUGAAAUUUGCUUCCGGCAGUAUUGCAAUGCCAGUUGAUUCCGCUGUUAAAUUUUACCAUUUUAUACUUCGUUUGGAAAAUGACAAAUAAUUUAUUGCAAAAAUUAAAAAUGUUCAUCUCUGCAAAAAUAUAAAUUAUAUUAAAUGAUUAA